AACUCAAUUCAAAAGUAGGCAGAAUUCACUAGCUAGUAUAGUUAAUCACAAGAUGAUGUACUUUAAAUCAUUCCAGUUGGUUGGUCUACUCUUUGCCAUUUUUGUUCUUGUUCCUUCUGUUGUCUCAGCUCGUGAAGAACCACAGGCAGAAAAAGCCGUUGGUCUCAAUGGACGUGGUGGAUAUAACAAGCCUCGUCCACCAGUUGAGGAAAGUGCCGUAAGCCUUGAUGGGCGUGGCGGAUAUAACAAGCCUCGUCCACCAGUCGAGGAAAGUGCCGUAAGCCUUGAUGGACGUGGUGGAUAUAACAAGCCUCGUCCACCAGUUGAGGAAAGUGCCGUAAGCCUUGAUGGGCGUGGCGGAUAUAACAAGCCACAUCCUCCUGUAGAAGAAAGCGCCAUUAGUGGUGCAGGAUACGGUGGUGGAGGAUACGGUGGCGGUCGUGGUGGAUAUGGUGGUGGUCAUGGUGGAUACGGCGGAGGUGGUGGCCAUGGUGGAUAUGGCGGAGGUGGCGGACAUGGUGGAUAUGGCGGAGGUGGCGGUGGCUGGGGAGGCAAAGGUGGUGGACACGGUGGAGGUGCCAGCGAAGAAGAAGCGCUCUAUGAAACAAAUGGUUAUGGUAGAGGAGGAUAUGGCGGUGGAGGGUAUGGUGGUGGAGGCAGAGGUGGAGGAUAUGGCGGCGGAGGCUGGGGUGGACGCGGUGGAGGGUAUGGCGGUGGAGGUAAAGGUGGAGGAUAUGGCGGCGGAGGUUGGGGUGGACACGGUGGAGGGUAUGGUGGCGGAGGCAAAGGCGGUGGAGGAUAUGGUGGUGGUCAUGGGCUACCUCAAGAAGUGGAGGGAGAUGUUGUUAGUGUCAAUGGUCGUGGUGGAUAUAACAAACCUCAUCCUCCGGUUGAAAAUGUUGCCAAGGUGGAUGAACAUGCAAAUGUCAAUAAUCAUGGAGGAAAGCAUGGUCCUGUUAAUCCACCAAAAACUGAAAAUAAUGCACAAAAUGGCCACUAGAUUAAGUGAUAGUUGCUAGAUAAUGUUGUUUUUCUUUAACGAGUAACUAAAAGUUGUAUCCUAAGAAAGUAGUUAAGAGUAAGUAGAACAAGCUAUAUGUGUGUAAUGGUUCUCUUGAUCCUGUAUUACAUCAUGUAAUGAAGAAUAAAACGUUAAUGGAUCUUUAUAUACAUUUAGUUUCACGUA